AUGGGGUUGUCCAAUUCUUUUAGGUCUUUUCAUGGGGAGAAAAUCUUGGAAACUUCUGAUGAUGAUCAUUCAUGGCCACUGGAGGAGGAGUCCGAUGGCGGCGGCGGAGUGACUGAGAGUUUAGAAGAGAAGGAAACGGAUGAGUUUGUUUUUAGUUUCAGGUUCCAAACGUUUGAGGAAUUUAGCAAAUCGAAUGAAGGACAUUUUGGUUCUCACAAACUGGAUUCCAGUGGUUGUUCAUCUUCACUGAGUAACAGAUACGAGUUUUCGCCGGAGAAGAGUACCAGCCACUUUGUGGGAGAAGCUAAAGUUCCGAGCUUUACGGUGGAGGUUUUGAAUUCUUGUUCGAAACACGUGGGUUUGGGAAAUGGGAAUUUUUCUGUUCGAGAAGUUUCUGGAAAGGUUUUGGAAUCUGACGUUACAGAUUGCUUUGCCAAUGGAACAGAGGAAUUUGCCGGGAAAAUUUUGAAAUUUGAAGCCAGUGAAGAAGAAGAAGACAAUGAGAUUCUUCGGAGUUCCGAUUCAGACACCGGAGUCGAUGUCGGAGGCGGGUUUCCCUCCGAUUUGGAUUUGGAAUUCGAAACCGGCGGGUACGAACCAGACGAGGAGAUAAACGAAGAAUCGGAGAAGUCGGGGGAGGAGGGGAAUGAAAACAGAGAAGAUUCAGAGGAGUCUGAACAUGAAGAAGUGGUUGAAGAACUGAAAAUAGAAAUGAAGAAAGAGAGAGGCAGAGGGCUGGCCACCAUUUAUGAAGAAUCAGAGUCCCCGAAGGUAAUGGGAGAAUUGAGGGCAUGGAAGAUAGAUGAGAGGUCUGAGUAUGGAGAUUUAAUGGAGGAGCUUCACAAAUUCUACAAAGCUUACAGAGAGCGCAUGAGGAAAUUGGAUAUCUUGAAUUUCCAGAAGAUGUAUGCAAUGGGUGAGUUCCUUCUUCCUCAUCGCCACAUCUAUAUAUAUAUAUUAAUUUGA